CCAACAGCCGACAAUCGACUGUCGAGAGUCAACUCAACUGGGCAAUUGGCUGCUGAAGCUGCAGCUUAUUGUUUCGCUUUUGUUUUUCAUUCAUUUGCAUGGCAGUGAGUGAAAAAGAAGGGAGUGAUUGGAAGGGGUAGAAAUGCCCUAGUGCUUAUUCUUAUGAGCAAAAUGCGAAAUGCUUUACAGUGUGCCGAGAGCGAGAACUGAUAAUGGCAGCCGGGCAAAGGCAACGGGCCAAAGGGCCAACGAAAUGAAUGAACGACCAAAAGUGAGGCCAAUAAAAAGGCGAUAAAAUUGACGCCAAUACACACGGAGAAGAGAAGAGACAGAGAAAGAGAGCAGUCUGUGUGUGUGUGUGUGUGAAAGAGAAGCGUUCGAUAAGCGUGCGGGUGUGCGGAAAAGAGGACACUUCAUGUCCUGUCGGCAAAACUCAGUGCAUAAAAAGGCGAUAUAUAUUCACAUUCGCAACCUCGACGUGCUACACGUGCUGUGAACGCACAGCAGGAAAAACCAAAUAGAGACAGAGAGAGAGAGAGAGUGUUUAUAUUCCAACACAUCCUGACUGAGAUAGCAAUUCAAAUGCCGUGGUGAUUAAUGGGCCGGGGGCCAUUGCAGCCGGGAUGCGCAUAAUUCACGUGAGCCAAACGACGAGAUAUCGCCAGCAGCGACAGCAGCUCCAACUCCAACUCCAGCUCCGACCUCAACACCAGGUCAGUUGCUGGACAUGGCUGAUGUUGCUACUGUUAACGUUGCUGCUGCUGCUCGGUGGCCUGGCGGCGGCCGCAGCGGCGAUGGAAUCCUCCGCCGAGCUGCAGGCGAGCUACAUUCACAAUGUCGAGUUGUUGACGCUGCCAACGAGCGGCGACGCCAUUAAGCAAAUGCCAAGCAAUUACAAUUCCAACUCGAAUUCCAAUUCCAAUUCCGACUCCAAUUCCAACUCCGACUCCGACUCGAAUGCGUUUGUUGGCGGGUCAAUUAGCAGUGAAACACAUCGCAACCGUCCAGAGCCGCACGUCAACUGGAAAAGUGCGAGGACGAAAGUAAAGCGAAGGCAGCGGCUCAAUUCGCACAGCAAUUUGCCCACCAUCAAUGCGGGACUGGGGGGCACAACGAAUCUCAGCAGCUGGCAGCAGCAGCGCUAUUUGAAAGUGAACCAGGUGUUUGAGAGCGAACGUCGCAUGUCGCGCGACGAGAUUCAGCGCAAUCAUGGCAAAAUUGUGCUCCUCGGACUCUUUGAGCUGACCACGAAACGAGGACCGAGGCCGGAUGGGAUCAGCGAACUGGGAGCUGCCAAAAUGGCUGUGGAGCACAUUAACCGCAAGAAAUUGCUGCCUGGUUACACACUCGAGCUGGUGACCAACGACACCCAGUGUGAUCCGGGCGUGGGCGUGGACCGCUUCUUUCAUGCCAUCUACACACAGCCCUCGACACGCAUGAUGAUGCUGCUGGGCUCCGCCUGCUCGGAGGUCACCGAAAGCCUAGCCAAGGUGGUUCCCUACUGGAACAUCGUGCAGGUCUCCUUUGGCUCUACAUCGCCAGCAUUGAGCGAUAGACGCGAAUUCCCGUACUUCUAUCGCACCGUGGCUCCCGACUCCUCUCACAAUCCGGCGCGCAUUGCGUUCAUCCGUCGCUUUGGCUGGGGCACGGUGACGACAUUCUCUCAGAACGAUGAGAUCCAUUCGCUGGCUGUCAACAACUUGGUCACCGAGCUGGAGGCGGCCAACAUUUCCUGCGCUGCGACAAUCACAUUUGCGGCAACCGAUUUCAAGGAGCAGCUGCUGCUCCUAAGGGAGACGGACACACGCAUCAUUAUCGGCAGCUUCUCGCAGGAAUUGGCACCCCAGAUCCUGUGCGAAGCCUACAGGCUACGCAUGUUUGGUGCCGACUACGCCUGGAUUCUGCACGAGAGCAUGGGAGCGCCUUGGUGGACGAACCCGAAGUCACCUCACCACUGCACUCCCCACGAGCUCCAAUUGGCUGUGGAGAAUCUGAUAGUUGUGACGUCGCACAACAGCAUCGUGGGAAAUAAUGUGAGCUACAGUGGACUGAACAAUCACAUGUUCAACUCACAGCUGCGUAAACAAUUUUCCCAAUUUCCCGACGAGGACCACAGGCGAGGAGCACCACAAUCGGAUUUGCGGGCACAAAAGAGGCAGCGGCAGCGCAAGAGGCGUGCCACGUCCAGCCAUUUGCUGCCCGAGGCCAUCUCCCGCUAUGCACCGCAAACAUACGAUGCCGUGUGGGCCAUCGCCUUGGCUCUGCGUGCUGCCGAGGAACAUUGGCGUCAGGAUGCGGCUCAAUCGAAGUUGGACGGCUUCGAUUACACGCGCAGCGACAUGGCCUGGGAGUUUCUGCAGCAGCUGGGCAAGCUGCACUUCCUCGGCGUAUCAGGCCCCGUCUCUUUCAGUGGGCCAGAUCGCGUGGGCACCACGGCCUUCUAUCAGAUCCAACGCGGCUUGCUGGAGCCCAUCGCCCUCUAUUAUCCGGCCACAGAUGCGCUGGACUUUCGCUGCCCCCGCUGUCGAUCAGUCAAGUGGCAUAGUGGCCAGGUGCCGAUAGCGAAGCGUAUCUUUAAGCUGCGUGUAGCAACGAUUGCACCCCUGGCGUUCUACACAAUUGCGACGCUCUCCAGCGUGGGCAUCGCUCUGGCCAUUGCCUUUCUCGCCUUCAAUCUUCACUUUCGCAAGCUCAAAGCAAUUAAACUUUCCAGCCCGAAGCUGAGCAACAUCACCGCAGUGGGCUGCAUCUUCGUUUAUGCCACCGUCAUCCUGCUGGGCCUUGACCACUCGACGCUGCCGUCGGCGGAAGACUCCUUUGCAACGGUUUGCACGGCACGCGUGUAUCUGUUGUCGGCUGGUUUCUCGCUCGCCUUCGGCUCCAUGUUCGCCAAGACAUAUCGGGUGCACCGCAUUUUCACACGCACUGGCAGCGUGUUCAAGGACAAAAUGCUGCAGGACAUCCAGCUAAUUCUGCUUGUGUGCGGCCUGUUGCUUGUCGAUGCUCUCCUCGUCACUCUUUGGGUCGUCGCCGACCCCAUGGAACGACAUUUGCAUAAUUUGACACUCGAAAUCAGCGCCACUGAUCGGAGCGUUGUCUACCAGCCGCAGGUCGAAGUAUGUCGCUCCCAACACACACAGACCUGGCUGAGUGUCCUCUACGCCUACAAGGGUCUGCUGCUCGUCGUGGGCGUCUACAUGGCCUGGGAAACGCGUCACGUUAAGAUUCCCGCUCUCAACGAUUCGCAGUACAUCGGCGUGUCGGUCUAUAGUGUGGUCAUCACCAGUGCCAUUGUUGUGGUCCUGGCCAACCUCAUAUCGGAGCGUGUCACGCUCGCCUUCAUUACGAUAACUGCUCUCAUUCUGACCUCGACAACGGCCACGCUCUGUCUGCUGUUCAUACCGAAGCUACACGACAUCUGGGCACGCAACGACAUCAUUGAUCCAGUCAUACACAGCAUGGGCCUCAAGAUGGAGUGCAACACGCGUCGCUUUGUGGUCGACGAUCGACGCGAACUUCAGUAUCGCGUCGAGGUUCAGAAUCGUGUAUACAAAAAGGAGAUUCAAGCACUUGAUGCGGAGAUUAGAAAACUCGAGCGUCUGCUCGAGUCUGGCCUGGGCACCGCUUCGACCACAACCUCGUCGUCCACUUCGCUACUGACGGGUCACGCUCAUCUCAAACCGGAACUAACAGUAACUAGUGGCAUCUCCCAGCCCAUUACAUUGUCCAACAAAUCCCGCACGCCAAGUAUUUCGGGUAUUCUGCCCAAUCUGCUGCUCUCGGUGCUGCCUCCAGUUAUUCCUCGUGCCAGCUGGCCAUCGGCAGAGUACAUGCAGAUCCCGAUGCGACGCUCGGUCACUUUUGCCUCGCAGCCACAGCUGGAAGAGGCAUGUCUGCCUGCCCAGGACUUGAUUAAUCUGCGGCUGGCACAUCAGCAAGCCACCGAGGCCAAGACGGGACUCAUCAAUCGCCUACGUGGCAUCUUCUCGCGCACGGCAAGCAGUAACAAGGGCUCCACUGCCAGCCUGGCCGAUCAGAAGGGUCUUAAGGCGGCCUUCAAGUCGCACAUGGGUUUGUUCACCCGCCUGAUUCCCUCCUCACAGACGGCGUCCUGCAACGCCAUCUACAGCAAUCCCAAUCCUGUCGAAGCUCCCAAUGGAUGUCACCUGAAGCCCAUGCAUCGCGGUUCGCUGACAAAGAGUGGCACUCAUCUCGAUCAUCUGACCAAGGAUCCCACUUUCUUGCCUAUUCCCACCAUCUCUGGCGAGCGCUUCGAUCUGCAGCCCGUCGCCGAGCAGGACGCGGACGGUGGCAAGUACGUGAAGCUGGCCGAGACUAAGGUAAACUUCCAGUUGCCUAGCAGUCGCCGUCCUUCGAUGGUGCAGCCAGCACCGAGCUUAAGGGAGCGUGUGCGCGGCUCGCCCCGUUUUCCCCAUCGCAUUCUGCCCCCUACUUGCAGUCUGAGUGCAUUGGCCGAGUCGGACGAUCGCUGUGGCGGUGGCUCGGAGGCAUCCACGAUUGCAGGCAGCUGCAAGUCCAUACCACGCAUAUCACUGCAGCACGCCACAAGCGGUGGUAACUGGAAGUCCAUGGAGACGGCGGCCAAGUCGCGACUCUCGCUGGACUCGGAGGAGCCGCCAAACGGCAAGACCUCAAAUGGGGUGGCCUAAGAAUAGUUCCGACUCCUUCUCCUGAAUCUCCCAACACAACCACAGCCAGAACAACCACCUAGCAUUUCCGCCCAAUAUCCUUGUCAAUUAGAAGUGAACACCAAGCAAUUAUUUUCGACAUGCGGCUCGUCCUCCCCCGCCCCGCCCAGGGCAACGUUGCCUGGGGAAUCGCGCGUGUGCAACUGACCAAUCAUCGGCUUAAAGCAAUCAAACGCAUUAGGAUAACAACGCUAGUUAAGUUACGAUACUCGUAAUCCUUGCCCUUGCCUCCUCUUCAAGUAGCUAGUCAUCGUCCCCCAGCGCGCCUCUUUAUUGUGAUUGCCCCCAAAAAGUUAAUCCUAGAGUUUCUCUCUCUUCAUAGGCUAAGUAGAAGACUUUUGCUGCAUUAGUUGCAUAAAUCGUAGGGCUCCUUAAUUUCGAUUAUUAAUUCUGUUUAUUCUCUCAUUCUCUGUGUCUGUCUCUGUCUUUCUUUAUCUUGUGUGCCAAUCGUUGUCGUCUUCGUGGUGGUUUUGCCCCCAUCUACGGUAUCCAGUGAGCAAUACAACAUAGUUCCAUAGGGUUAGUCGAGCACAAUACUCGUAUGAUUAAUUAUCUAGCCAGUGCAUUAGGGUUCCCAUCUCCACAUCCAUCUCGUGAUGCAUAGGGACGCGUUGCCACCAAACAAACAAUAUACAUACAUACAACUAUAUAGAAUACUAAGUAAAUAUGUGUAUGUGUAUGUCUCUCGAUAUGUUGUAGCCAAUAAACAAUAAACAAAAUAAACUCGUAGCUGUAGUCGUAGUUUGUACUCGUAACUCGUAGUCGAGAGCCAGCUCAAAACUAGCAUAAGUGUUUUCAGUUUCGGUUUUAGCAUUGUAAUCCAGUUCGACCCGCUCUAACUUUCAAUCAAACCCACCUCUUCUUCCCCCCAGUCUCUCUCUCUUUUUCCCCAUAUUUCGAAAUAACGUCAAUAAAAGCGAAAAAAAGCAGAACUGCGCUGCCAAAAAAGUAAUGAUUAAUUAA